AUGAAAGAGUCUAUUGAAGGAGUUAUCCCCUUAGAAAUGACAAACGAGCAAUGUUUGGGGGAUAUAUUGGAAUUUAUCUACACAGGCCAUGUUCAGAUUUCGGCUGCAGAAGAAAAUGGUGCUCAAGACUUGAUCAUAAUGUCAGACUACUUGGUUUUACCCCGUCUGAAGACUGUUGCUGGAAAACAUUUAAUGAAGGACUUAAAGAUAUCAAAUUCUGUUUCAUUUUACCAGUUUGGCGUGAAAUAUCAAUGUGACGAGCUCAUUUUCGAGACCAGAAACUUCAUUCAUGCCAAUUUCAUGCACGUAGCGCAAACGGAGGAGUUCUUGAGCUUGUCGUGCGAAGAAAUCAAAAUGUGGAUUUCAAAUGACAACAUUUCUGUAACUGCCGAAGAAGAUGUAUUCAAGGUCAUUCUUAGAUGGGUGAAUCGCAAUAAACUGGUGCGGAAGAAAUAUUUCCCCGAGUUAUUCAGUGAAGUUCGACUUGUGUAUGUAUCACGUGAGUUUUUAUACAGCGACGUCAUGACAAGUGAGUUUGUGAUUAGUGAUGAACACAGCGUGGGGCUUGUUAAGGAUGCUUUGAAGGUCAUUGAAUCAAAAGACUUUCAGCAGCGCAGUAUUCGUCCUACAAAGUCACUAGAGAUGCCUGUCAUGGUGAUAUGUGUACAAGGUUUCAGUAAACAGGAAGACAACAUGCUAUGUUGUUACUAUCCGCUUGAAGACAAAUGGUCUAAUGUAUCGGUCAAAUCGAAGCUUCAACAUGCCCCCCCCCAGGCAACUCCCCGGGCAUUUGACUUUUUUGAAAAUUAUUGUUCAAAUUCCCCCCUACCCGGGCCAAAAUGCCGUUCAAAUACCCCACGCUAGGGUCCAUUCAGGUGAUCAAAUGCCCCCACCCUGGGGACAUUUCACAGGCACAAAAAUGACAGAGGAACGGCGGAAACGCCUUCAGUUGUCGAACAAAAUCUUUACAAAUAUAACAAAAACUGAGAAACACUGUUAGCGUAUUUACUACGAACAAAAUUCUCGUGCAAAGCGGCGAAAAUCGCUGGUACAAGGUCACUGAAUGCUCAACUUUUCUUCGUCAUGCAACAUACAAAGCGUUCUAUAAAAAAAGAUUCCACCAAUUGAGAUUACUACAUCAUGACCAUUUCACUGACAUGCAUCAUCGCUCACCUUAUUAAUUAACAUACUUGCAGAAGGUCAAAGUAGUUGACCUGAGCUUUUUAUUUUAUUUUAUGUUGUUGUAUUGAAUCACCGGUAUAGGUAUUGUAUUUCAAUAUAAACACAACAAUAAAACACAUUCAUACAUUCAAAGCCUGAAUCCAAUUAAAAAUUUUAAAAUUUAAAUACUUCAAAUACGGCACAAAGCUUGCUUAAGCCCUUUCCUCGUAACCAAUUGGCCACAAAGGCACAAUCUUUUCCACGAAAAUCCUCUAACACCGCGUUCCCCAUGAUAGCUCACCACGCCAAAGAUUUUACAUAAAAUCGAGGGUGCAGUUCAAAUUCCCCACCCACUGGAAGACUCUGAUCAUCAAAUUCCCUCCUCCCAGGGACGGGAAAGGUGUCAAAUGCCCGGGGUAUGCCCGGGGGGUCAUGUUGAAGCUUCCAUUUGACUGAUACAUAAGUUUAAUGGCACAGUUCCACCCAAUAUUGGAGAAAUUGUACCCUGUCAUGGAAAACUUUAUUUUCAUUUAUUUCCUCAUGAGGACGUUGGAGUCAGGGAGAGAAGACUGUUGUGCUAUGAUCCAUUAUCAAAUUGUUGGUCUUCAUUUCCAUAUGAGGAUCACAGGACAGUGAAGAAAAUAUUUGCUAUGAAUGAUGAGGCAAUUUAUGCCCUGGUGGCUGAAGAUAUACUAUGUUGCCCUGACUGUACAUCCCUGUACCUCCGUAAAAUUCCUGGACCCUGUAGUGAGACCCCACAUCUUUCUUUCUUGAGAAAGUACAAACCAGAAACCAGUUCCUGGGAAGACAUAACAUCAUUUGAUUUGGACUGUAAUUCAAGAUCGGGGGUUUGCGUUGUAGCCAAGGACAAUUUUGUUUAUUUCAUUGGUGGUGGUUAUUGCAGCCCAGAUCGACAUGAGAUCCUUGCAAGUGCUGACAGAUAUGAUCUCAUCAAUGAUACAUGGGAGAAUUUAGCAAACCUUCAGCUUCCAAGAUGGUAUGCUCGCGCUACUGCAACACACCACAAAAUUUUUGUGGUUGGUGGAGUAAAAGGUGAUUUACUAGCUGAGAGUUGUGAAAUGUAUGAUGAAGAUACAAAGGAAUGGCAUUUUGUAGCAAGGCUGAGGAAGACACCAUUAAUUUUGAUCAUUACAAUCCAACUUUGCUGGGUGUUGAUGACAAGCUGUAUUGUUUGA